AAACGCGCCGUUUACUUCUACUGUGCGCGCGAUCACCGUGCAUCUUUUCUGCCACCAGACCGCCAACCUCCUUUGACAGCCGUCAAAACCAUUCAGCACUUCAGCAUUGAAGAAUCAUCAUCAUUGCUCCAAUUCAUCAGAACUCUAUUUUCUUUCCUGCCAACAACUCUACCAGUUUAUACCAUCAACAGUGCUCCUUGUUAAUAUCCAGCAUUCUCCAGUGUCUUUUAUUCUUACUGUGAAUUUUUCCUUACAUCAGCUUCAUCAGUCUCAAAUCACCCUCAUACCCACGCACCCUUCUAUUCAACUCAACCCCUCGACUUCCUCUAAUAUCACUCUACCAUCUUGUAUUUUCGGCCUAUUUUUCCCGAUGGUUCAUCGACCCUCACCCCCUCGAUAUCAUCGCGUGCAGCUUUUCCUCAAUCUCCCUGAUAUUACACUCAUUCCAAUAUUUAGACUUCGAUGCCCUUCAUUCACAUCCAAAACUCUAUUUUUUUCAAUUACCAAUACUAAAACGUGAUCAUAAUAGUAUUUUUUACUAUUUCAUUUAGUUAAUUACUCCAAAAAACAUACAUGCACCCCAUAACUAAACAGUAUCAAGUUAAAGGUACAUAAAGGAGGGGUUUGCUUACCAUUGGGCAUAUGUUAGGGGUUCUUAGAAUGACUCAGAGAAACUAUAGGGCCAGGUGAUACAAGUUGCCAAACUUUUCUGCUGAUAUAAAGUUUGGUUGGGCAUUGCAAUAUACAGGAAACGACUACGACGAUAUUCACAGAGAAGAAAACCAUGGUCUCGUUACCAAGUACGGAGUCUGGGACAAUGGAAAGAAUGGAUCGACUCUCAGAUGACGAUGAUGAUGAACCUAGCAGUGGAUCAGAAACAUAUGAAGAUGGAGAUCUCCUUUCAGCUGCUAUGGAUGAUGACGUGACGGCCCAGCUCGCCGCUGCAGGUUGGCAAAUCAAAUGCGCUAAUGGACCUGUCGGUGUUGCUGCAGCAGCAGCUAUUGUAUCUGCCAAAAAACGGAAACGGCCACAUAGUUUUGAAACAAAUCCCAGUAUCAGAAAACGUCAACAAAACAGACUAUUGAGAAAGCUCAGACAAACCAUAGAUGAAUUUGCAACACGGGUAGGUCAACAAGCAGUAGUGUUAGUUGCCACACCAGGAAAACCAAAUAGUAGUUACAAAGUAUUUGGAGCUAAGCCUCUUGAAGAUGUAGUUAAAAAUUUGAGAACAAUGAUUAUGGAAGAAUUGGAAAGUGCGUUGGCUCAACAAGCACCACCUCCUGUUCAAGAUGAUCCAUCACUCUAUGAAUUACCACCACUAAUUAUUGAUGGUAUUCCAACGCCAGUGGAAAAAAUGACUCAAGCUCAAUUGAGGGCAUUUAUUCCACUUAUGUUAAAGUAUUCUACCGGAAGAGGAAAACCUGGAUGGGGAAGAGAAAGUACACGGCCGCCCUGGUGGCCUAAAGAAUUGCCUUGGGCUAAUGUUCGAAUGGAUGCACGAUCAGAAGAUGAAAAACAAAAGAUUUCUUGGACUCAUGCAUUGAGACAAAUAGUUAUAAAUUGUUAUAAAUAUCACGGAAGAGAAGAUCUAUUACCAGCGUUCAGUGAAGAUGACGAUAACAAACAAAAUAUUUUGAUUCAACAACCUACACCUCAUUCAUCUCAUACAUCCUCAAGUCAAGGACAAAGUGGGCAAUCACAGCAGCAACAGACGGUGGGAGUUGUUCGACUGAGCACCACGGGUUCAUCUAAGGGAAACUCAUCGCCACCUCAGAUUAUAGCCGCGUCGCCUACCGCUCUUGCCACUGCCACUCAGAUGACAACACAAUACCCAACCACUGUCUUACAAACCAUAACAAAUCCUGAUGGAACUGUUUCUAUAAUUCAAGUGGAUCCAAGCAAUCCAAUUAUUACAUUACCAGACGGAACUACUGCGCAAGUUCAAGGCGUUGCUACCAUUCAUACGAGUCAAGGAGAUGUCCAAACACUCGCAGAAGUAACAGGAGGUGCAGAAGGAAGCGUUGCUGUUGACUUAAAUAGUGUAACCGAAGCAACUCUCGGACAAGAUGGCCAGAUUAUUCUCACUGGAGAAGAUGGACAUGGCUAUCCAGUUUCUGUAUCAGGAGUUAUCACAGUACCCGUAUCAGCUAGCAUGUACCAAACGAUGGUGGCGAAUAUCCAGAGUGAUGGAACAAUGCAAGUAGUUACACCAAUGGUACAAGUACCUAAAGUUGAACCUGGAAAUGGAGAGACUAGCAUCGAGGCUGUUACUAUUCAAGGUCAUCCAAUGACCAUGAUCAAUGCUGCUGGUGAACAUCAAGUUUUACAAGUUAUUUCCUUGAAGGAUGCCAAUGCUUUGACUAAAGCCAUUCAAGCUGAAGUUGUUAAAGAUGAAGACAGCCAACAGCAACAACAACAACAAACCGUAUCUAGCCCAGAAUAAAUUGAAUUCGCGGAUGUGUUUUAGAAUAAAAAUAUUAUUCUAGUCUGCCCAAUUCAACAUUGGGAAUGUAAAGAAAAUCACAGAAACAAAGUGAAUAUUGUUGAAAUUUUAACAAUAUGAAAUUUUAUCGGAUUGAUAAAAAAAAUUAGACAAAAAUACAUAUAAUUAAUAAAAAAACUUUGAUGAGUGUGUGGUACCGAGUGGUAGACUUUUGAUCAUAUUAUAAUAUUUAGAAAAUGUAUUAUGUGUUUUAAUGCUGAAAAAAAAGAAUCCGAAUGUUUAUUACAUUCGAGUAGUUUAAGAUAUUGUAUUUUAUCCAUCGCUGUAUUGAAAAUUUUAUUCUCUUUUUGUUUCGAAGACGUUUUUGGAAGUGAUUGUAGUACGUUCCCAGUUAUUGAUAGAUCAUUUACUUACAUAAAAUAAUUUGUUCUAGUCACAAUUGGAACAUGAUACAUGUGGAACAUAAUAACAAAUAUUUAGAGGCAGUGUGGAAAUUAACAUGAAUUUCACGAAUGCAGUUAAUAGAGAAUUCUUUCAUAACAUGUGGUUCAACUAAGACUAAUUAUAGAUGACAUAGGCCACUUCAAUACAAGUGUAUUUUACUUUAAUUGAAUUUUUUAACAAAUUUUUUUAAGUCUCUCGAUCCAGAGUACGUGAAUGCCGGGAAUAUGUAGCAAUUAUUAGAAUUUUCAUGAGCAUAUAGUUACUCUGGAUAUAAUAAAUAAAUUUGUUUUAUUGUUUCACGUGACAGAACUUAGAUUUCAAUUUGAAUAGUUAAUAAUAAUAGAAUAAUUAUAAUAAUUAUGACAUACAUAUUUUAGUUUACUUAUAGAUGAAAGAUGUAACACAAUUAUAAUGACAUCUCAGUAAUCUGUUUUAUAGCACCGAUAGGAAGACUAAGCAUUUCUGACGGGUACAAAUAGGAUAAGAUUCACUUAGUUCUCUGUUUAGAAACACAUGAAUCUGGAAUUUUUGGUACAAAUGGUUUUGUUGCUAUUUAUUAAUGUAUUUUUAAUCAUUUGACUGUUUUAACGGAUUAAGAUAAUUCCUUACUAUUUUGAUAAAAAAAUCAUCGUGAUUAUUACGAUGUUUAUUUAGAUUAAAAUGGAACAAAAAACGUAUUUUAAGGGUUUUAUUCUGUGCAAUCUUGUUUUUUAUAUUUUAAGCAUCUUAGUUUGCAAUUGUAUGUGUCUACUAAUCAAUGAAACAACAACACUAUUCCUUUAUUAAAAU